GAGGUGGCAUCUAAGGGACUGGAUGGCUUGGGACGGAGCUCACCCCAGCAUAUACAAGGCCGCGGCGCUCCCAUACCCUCUAGUUCCCCUUCGUCUUCCCUUCUUUUUCCCAUCAGCCCGUCCCCACUCAUCUCGUACCCCCCGUUAUGGCGACGACUCCUCAGUCCAACGGCAACCCACUCACCAGAGGCACGGAGUGGCCGCCUGGCGUUGUAGAGGAAGCCGCUAGACGGUCCCCAUCCCGUUCUCCGCCCCGACUGCCUCUACGCACCGAUGAUCUCCCCUUUACCGCCGACGUCGCUGGUGAUACAUCAAGGCGACCGGAACGGAACUCUCCCGUCGCCCAGAUCCCUCUCUCACCCGGAAUCCGGACUCAGGAGAACAAUCCCACGCGAUACGAGCCGUACUUAUGGACAUUAUCUGGCCGUAAGCCCUACAUAACCGAGAAGGCCAAGGCAGCUGGAGGUUGGAAGAGACUUACUUCCCGUCAAUGCCCGUACGGCCGCAUUGAGGAACAAGGGGCGACGUUCUCGCCUCCGCAAGACGAAAGACCAGACGACCGGGAGGGCAAGGCAAGAGACACCUGGCCGUCGAAACUAAUUCUUAGACGCAAUUGGCGAGCUAGAGAUGCCCACAUUGGGACGUUUGCUUCAAUUGAACGAGGCGGAACUCAGGGAGCCAGAUGAAGCGUACCGCGUCGGCUAGGUAACGAAGGAGCUGACAAAUCUGGCUUCGAUCCCCAGAAGUCGAAGGGGCUAAGAACUCGAGGCCCGACGGCACUCAGGCCGCCUCAGCAUCCGACGACGAGACCGUCCGGCUCUAGGAAGC